AUGCAGAACGGCAAAGGCGAAUCCCUGGAGAAAGGCAUCUGGGCUGCAGUGAUCAUUUCGGCUGUGAUCGUCGCUCUCAGGAUCUUUGCGAAGAUCAAGAUCAAGCGCUUUGCCGCCGAUGAUAUCUUGAUGAUCUUUGCGCAGAUUCUCAUCAUCGUGUCCACCGCCUUCUUAAGCCUCUCCGUCAGACAUGGAUUCGGUAUCAACCUCUCCCACUUGGAAGCCGCGGACCGGGAAGCGGUCUUGAAGUAUAUUGCGAUUCAGAUUCCACUGGUCACCAUCAGCACCACCACCGCCCGAACGGCCUUUAUCAUCUAUCUUCUUGCGGUGCUGGGGACGAACAAGGGCUACCGGAUCGCGCUGUGGGUUCUGUGUGUCAUCCAGGCCGCGGGCAACAUCGCUUCGGCCGUGCUGCCAUUAAGUAUCUGCAAGGAUGCGAGGGCGUUGUGGAGUUUGGAGGCCGCUAUUCAUACGACGUGUGGUGAUGUGAAAGCGGUGAUCAACUUCGCCUACUACUCCAACACAUUCAAUUCGGCGACGGAUUUCUUCCUGGCUGUUUUCCCGGCUGUGGUGUUUUGGAAUUUGAAUCUCAAGCUGCGCAUCAAGGUUGGCCUGAUCCUCUUGUUGAGUAUUGGUUUUGUUGCAAUGAUUGCCUCGAUCAUCAAGACCACCAAACUCGACACCCUCCCCAGUGUCACCGACAUUGGCGUCGACGGCGCCACCGAAUUGAUCCGAUGGGGAUAUGUCGAGAACAGCAUCAUCAUCAUCACAUCGUCGAUUCCCUGCAUCCGUCCCUUGAUCAUCUCCUCGGUGCGCAAAUUCUCCAGCGUGACCCGAUCCUACGAACUCAGCGGUCCAUUCAGCGGUCACCGCACCGGUCAAAAUGAGACGCACCACUCCAAGAUGGCUCGACGAUUCACCAAAUCCCACAAUCUGGAGAAUUGCAGCGUUGAGCGCAUCUUGGAUCCAUCUACCACCCAUACCAGUACUACCGUCGGUGGUCGAUCAGAGUCCCCCGAGGGAUAUCCGGGUAUUACGAAACAGGUCGAGAUUACCGUGAUUUCUGGCGAACAUCAGAGUCACAGGUAA